CCUAAAUUUUCUCCACCGAUCAAAGAAAAGGAGACGUGUCAUACUAUUAUUGGUUACUUCAUUGGCAAUUUCUUCACAAAUUGGCCAUUAACAACUAUAAAAGGAGGCUCUCUGUAACCCCAAUUCAUUCAUUGAUUUCUCAUCUCUUCAAAUUCUUCAGAAAAAAAACCUCUCAAGAUGCAGAUAUUUGUUAAAACCCUCACUGGAAAGACUAUCACCCUUGAGGUGGAAAGCUCAGACACCAUUGACAAUGUUAAAGCCAAGAUCCAGGACAAGGAAGGCAUUCCCCCAGACCAGCAGAGGCUGAUCUUUGCAGGAAAGCAGCUUGAAGACGGUCGUACUCUAGCUGAUUACAACAUUCAGAAAGAGUCAACUCUCCACUUGGUGCUCCGUCUUCGUGGUGGCAUGCAAAUUUUCGUGAAAACUUUGACAGGAAAGACCAUCACCCUUGAGGUUGAAAGCUCUGACACCAUUGACAAUGUUAAGGCUAAGAUCCAAGACAAGGAAGGCAUUCCCCCAGACCAGCAAAGGUUGAUCUUUGCGGGCAAGCAGCUUGAGGACGGCAGGACCCUUGCUGAUUACAACAUCCAGAAGGAAUCAACCCUUCACUUGGUGCUCCGUCUUCGUGGUGGAAUGCAAAUUUUUGUGAAGACUUUGACUGGAAAGACCAUCACCCUUGAGGUUGAAAGCUCCGACACCAUUGACAAUGUUAAGGCUAAGAUCCAAGACAAGGAAGGCAUUCCCCCAGACCAGCAAAGGUUGAUCUUUGCGGGCAAGCAGCUUGAGGACGGCAGGACCCUUGCUGAUUACAACAUCCAGAAGGAGUCAACCCUUCACUUGGUCCUUCGUCUUCGCGGUGGGAUGCAAAUCUUUGUGAAGACCUUGACUGGCAAGACAAUCACCCUUGAGGUGGAAAGUUCUGACACCAUUGACAAUGUUAAGGCCAAAAUUCAGGACAAAGAAGGUAUUCCACCAGACCAGCAGAGGUUGAUCUUUGCCGGAAAGCAACUUGAGGACGGCCGUACCCUUGCUGAUUACAACAUCCAGAAGGAGUCAACCCUUCACUUGGUCCUGCGUCUCCGAGGUGGAAUGCAAAUCUUCGUGAAGACCUUGACUGGCAAGACUAUUACCCUUGAGGUGGAAAGCUCCGACACCAUUGACAACGUAAAGGCCAAGAUUCAGGACAAAGAGGGUAUCCCACCAGACCAGCAAAGGUUGAUUUUUGCUGGCAAGCAGUUGGAAGAUGGAAGGACAUUAGCCGAUUACAAUAUUCAGAAGGAAUCAACCCUUCAUCUUGUGUUGAGGCUCAGGGGAGGUAUGCAGAUUUUUGUGAAGACCUUGACUGGGAAAACCAUAACUUUGGAGGUGGAGAGUUCUGAUACCAUUGACAAUGUGAAGGCUAAAAUUCAGGACAAGGAGGGAAUCCCACCGGACCAGCAGAGACUGAUCUUUGCAGGGAAGCAACUUGAAGAUGGAAGGACUCUGGCGGACUACAACAUCCAAAAGGAGUCUACUUUGCACCUUGUCCUCCGUCUCCGUGGUGGUUUUUGAAGGGGUCUGUUGCUGUUGGUGUUUUGUGUCUGUCUGUUGCUGUGUUUGUUCAUGAACUAGUCUGUUUACUUGUGACCUUGUGAUGUGUUGUGAACUCAUGUUUUUCUUAUAGUGAAUAAUAAGGAACUAGUCUGGUUUAAUUAUGUUUGGCAUCAAGGUUGGUUUACUUA